UGGCUCGCGUUGUUGUCUGACGCGGUAAGCUAGCACUCAGCAGACGAGCAGCUGCUAACAGACGGAGCCACGUUCAGCGCAGUUAUAACAAAGUACUUACAACCAAAGCGCAUAAAGAAUGAGAAGAGUGACGUUAUUUAUUAACGGGACUUGUAAAAAUGGCAAGGUUGUAGCAGUGUACGGCACCUUUUCCGACUUACUCUCUGUAGCCAGCAAUAAGUUAGGAAUAAAAGCCUCAUGUUUAUACAAUGGUAAGGGCGGUCUUAUAGAUGACAUUGCUCUUAUAAGAGAUGACGAUGUCCUGUACGUGUCAGAGGGAGAUCCAUUUAUCGAUCCUCAAAAUGAAACCAAGGUUAGAUCUGAUCCGCACGGAGCACACACCGACUGGCUGACCCUCAAUAUCGGUGGCCGUCUUUUCACCACCACCAGGAGCACAUUGGUCAGCAAGGAGCCAGAGAGUAUGCUUGCUCACAUGUUUCGAGAGAAAGAUGUGUGGGGGAACAGGCAGGACGCGCAUGGGGCUUACCUAAUCGACCGCAGCCCCGAAUACUUUGAGCCUAUUCUCAACUACUUGAGGCAUGGUCAGCUCAUUAUCAAUGAAGGCAUAAAUAUAAGAGGUGUCCUCGAGGAGGCUCGCUUCUUUGGAAUUGAGCAGCUUGCUGAGCAGCUGGAGGUCGCAAUCAAGAACUCGCAGCCUCCGGAAGACCACUCGCCCAUCUCCCGCAAGGAGUUAGUUCGGUUUCUUCUGGCGACGCCCACCAAGUCAGAGCUCCGCUGUCAGGGGCUGAAUUUCAGUGGUGCUGAUUUGUCCCGACUCGAUCUGCGCUACAUCAACUUCAAAAUGGCUAAUCUGAGCCGCUGCAAUCUGACGCACGCCAACCUGUGCUGCUCCAAUCUGGAGCGGGCGGAUCUCUCUGGAGCCAACCUGGACGGUGCGAACUUACAGGGGGUGAAGAUGCUCUGCUCCAAUGCAGAGGGAGCCUCUCUGAGAGGGUGCAACUUUGAAGAUCCAUCUGGACUGAAGGCAAACCUGGAAGGUGCCAACCUGAAAGGAGUUGACAUGGAAGGAAGUCAAAUGACCGGUAUCAACCUGCGUGUGGCCACUCUGAAAAAUGCAAAGCUGAAGAACUGCAACCUCCGGGGAGCCACUUUAGCGGGGACCGAUCUGGAGAACUGUGACCUCUCCGGCUGUGACCUACAAGAAGCCAACCUGAGAGGGUCCAAUGUGAAAGGAGCCAUUUUUGAAGAGAUGCUGACUCCGCUGCACAUGUCACAGAGCGUCAGAUAACUCCUCAUACACACCCACACACACACUCACACACACACACGUGUCCAGUGUGACCACAGCUGGCUUCUUUAAUGCUCUUUCCUUCCAGUCAGCCUCUCUCAGGCUCCACUCACCUGUCUGCUGCACAGGUACUCGUAUGCACACCCCUGGCAUUCCACCGGCGUUCUGUUAGCUUUAAAUAUCUUGCACUAGAAUGAAUCCAGGGUGGCUGAUGUAAGUUUGUAUGACGGGACGUCUCCCGCUCACUGUAUAUCACCAAAAAACCCGAAAGCGACGCUCCCGCGUACUGUAUGUGUAAAUGCAAUCCUGUGGACUGCACUCGUGUGAUAGUUCACAAUCAAGGCGUGUGUGUGUGUGCGCAGUGAAGUUCACAGCACUGGACUCCUCUGAAUGCUGCUGAAGCGUCGAUUGAAGGAGACACUUGUAUAGAAGUGUGUAACGCGAUGUCGCUGGAUUCAAAUAUGUUGCGAUGAAAGCAAUGCAAGCCAAAGCCAUACAACAGCACAGUCUAAAAGGUUCGAAAUGAACUCAAAAAAAACUAUGCGUCAACACAGCUUGGUAUGCAAUACGUGGUUUACAGCUGUGCGGUUGUUUCUCCUUUUUUUAAUUUUGAAUGAUUGUGUUCUUUCGUUCUGACAAAGGUCCCUGUUCUACGCUCGGUGAAUCUACCUCUUUUGUUUAUCCAGCGUGUGAGUCACCCACAGUUGCAUGCAUUUAACUGUGGCGCUGCUCGGUGUUACGUCUAUAUUCUUCCCAUAACGAGAAAACGAUGCUUUAAUUUCUUUUCUUUUUUUUUAUGUCGUCAGUGUGGGUUUACCUGGAAACAUAAACAUAUAUAUAUAUAUAUCAACAUGUAUCACUUAAUCAUGCUUUGAUCUUAUUUGCACAAUAUAUAUAUGUUAAAUUAUAACAAUGUUGUACCUUUUUCACCAAAAAAAAAGCGUGGUGCUUGUAAAUCAAAUCCAGUGCUUCCCAGAAAAAAGAAAUCACUUUAAAGAGUGGGGCAGGAGUCUUGGAUCUCUUGGUGUGCGUCUGCAUGUGUGCGCGUCGAGCUGCACUCGUCCUUUUUGAAGAAGUUUCUCUCUGUAGCUCAAAAGCUGCUCCGACGCGACGCCGUUGAAGAGCGAGGUGCUCCGCCUUGUGAGAAUGAACGAUGAAGGCAAUCAUUCUGCGACUCGAUUGAAGCGCCGUAGCUAUUUAUUUUAAUACAUCUCACUGAAUGCAAUAUGGGGUAAAGGUUAGUUUGUUGUUUGUGGGAGAGAGGUGAGCGACGUUGUUCUCCCCAUUUAUGAUGAUUGCACUCAACCGUGGAAGUAUAUUUCCAUAAAUGACUGUUAUAAAUAAAUUACCAUGAUGAAGAACAA